AUGAAAAGUACAAGAUUAUUAUUUCGUAUUCAUUAUUUAUCUUCGCCAACGACAAAAUAUUUUUAUCAAUUGAAUUCUAUUCAAUCACGAUGUCUUCUACAUACAUCUUUAUCAUUAAUGAGUAAAGACAUGACGAAGAUGAAUUUGAUUGAAGAACAUCCACAUGUGAAAACUAUGUCUAAGGCGAUAAUUCAACAUAAACAAUCAGACGAUUAUAUGAUGAAUCAUGAAAUUUACUCGGAAAAAGAACUCAAUGAUAUCAAAAUAACACAUAAAAAAUUUGAAUCAUGGCAUGAUCGAGUAGCUUAUGGAGCUGUUCGAACUUUACAAAUUCAACAUUCACAUAAAACAAUGACCGAACAGCAAUGGUUAAGACGUUUUAUAUUUCUUGAAUCAAUUGCUGGUGUACCGGGCAUGGUUGGUGGAAUGAGUCGUCAUAUGAAAUCACUUCGUACAAUGCGUCGUGAUUAUGGAUGGAUUCAUAUGCUUUUGUCUGAAGCAGAAAAUGAACGUAUGCAUUUACUUACAUUUUUAGAAUUACGACAACCAGGAUGGUUCUUUCGUGGAAUGGUUCUAUUUGGUCAAGGUGUAUUUUUUAAUGCUUUCUUUCUUACAUAUCUUCUUUCACCAAGAAUAUGUCAUCGUUUUGUUGGUUUUCUCGAAGAAGAAGCUGUUAUUACUUAUACACGAUGUAUUGAAGAUCUUGAUGCUGGUAAACUUCCAGCAUGGUUAACUUUGCCAGCACCAAAAAUCGCGAAAAAUUAUUGGAAAUUAUCGGAAAAUGCUAUGAUGAGAGAUAUUUUAUUAGCUGUACGUGCUGACGAAGCUACACAUCGCGAAGUCAAUCAUAAAUUAGCUGAUGUUGGACCUGAUGCACCGAAUCCAUUUUUGAUUCAAGCUAAACAAGCAGGAGAUCCAUCUGCCUUACAAGAACACUAA